AUGAAUAUCAUCCAGUAUCGUGCUGAUGCAGGAUGUAAUAUGGAAAAGGGUACGUCGUGUACAGGAACCACUGUAGGUGUUAACCCUGCCUCCUAUAGUUCCAGCACCUCCACUCAUAGCACGAACUCCGCCUUCCUAAUUGAGGAUCCUCUCUAUCAGAUCACGUGUUGUGGAGCAAUCACAUCUUGGGAAAUUUCUACAUCCGGGUCAGGAAGUAUCACUUUCCAGGUCUGGAGAAAGCUGUCUUCAAAUGUCUACCAACUUGUGGGACAAAAUGUCUUCACUGCAGGAUCUGGAACAUUUUCUCCGACAGACAAAAUAAUGGUGCAACAUGGAGAUUACAUUGGAUGGCAGAGUAAUGGCCCUACGGUGAAAUAUGCAGCGGGUACCGCCAUCUUGAAUAGAGUAGAGGCUACCAUGUCGACAUUACAGCCUGGUUAUCUUCAUGACUGGAGUACUGUGUCACCAGAGGGCGUAUCUAGGAACUACGCCAUUAGGGCGACGGUUUCAGCCAGUUCGACACCCGUCUUUGGCACUAUACCAAGUUUAGUCACUUUUCCUGAAGAAACACCCCAGGAUACAGUUGUGCAGUCUUUAACUGUUACAGACGCUGAUAGUACUGAUGUCAUCACACUGUUCACGAAAUCAGACACGUCAGGAUAUUUUAAAGUAGACACUACAACAUUUCGUAUCAAGACUGCGCAAGACAGGAUUCCAAUGGGGUCAACAUACAAGGUCGGGGUCAAGGCCAUUGACAGCUGUCACAAAGAGGCUACUGCCACGGUCACAUUUUUCUGUUACUAA